CCUUCAGGGGGCGUGGCCUGGACUGUGGAGGGGGCGGACCGUGGGGAAGCUGCUUCCGGGUGAGCCCCCACCCCCCGCUCUCCGCUCUCUGGGAGACCGGAGCAGGAGACAGCGGUGACAGGAGCAGCGGCCGGGAGCCCUUAGGGAGGCAGACAGAGCCUGCAGCCAAUGCCCCAGGAGCCCUCGGUUCCAACCGAUGCCCCAGUGCCCACUGGCCCACGCCAUGCAGCCCCAGUCCGUUCUGCACAGCGGCUACUUCCACCCACUACUUCGGGCCUGGCAGACAGCCACCACCACCCUCAAUGCCUCCAACCUCAUCUACCCCAUCUUUGUCACGCCCUGGGCUUGGCCAGGCAGGGAAGCCAGACACUGGAUCCCAUCCUCCUCCCACCAUCUCCACUUCCAUAUUUCUUCCCUGCUUCCCAACCACCCCUCUCAGUCGCCCCCGCACCACUGGCCCUUCCCACAGCUACCAAUCCAUAUCCCACCCCCGCUCUUGCAGGGAUGUUCCUGAUGACAUACAGCCUAUCACCAGCCUCCCAGGAGUGGCCAGGUAUGGUGUGAACCGGCUGGAAGAGAUGCUGAGGCCCUUGGUGGAAGAGGGCCUACGCUGUGUCUUGAUCUUUGGCGUCCCCAGCAGAGUUCCCAAGGACGAGCGGGGUUCCGCAGCUGACUCUGAGGAGUCCCCAGCUAUUGAGGCAAUCCAUCUGUUGAGGAAGACCUUCCCCAACCUCCUGGUGGCCUGUGACGUCUGCCUGUGUCCCUACACCUCCCAUGGUCACUGCGGGCUCCUGAGUGAAAAUGGAGCAUUCCGGGCUGAGGAGAGCCGCCAGCGGCUGGCUGAGGUGGCAUUGGCGUAUGCCAAGGCAGGAUGUCAGGUGGUAGCCCCGUCGGACAUGAUGGAUGGACGCGUGGAAGCCAUCAAAGAGGCCCUGAUGGCACAUGGACUUGGCAACAGGGUAUCGGUGAUGAGCUACAGUGCCAAAUUUGCUUCCUGUUUCUAUGGCCCUUUCCGGGAUGCGGCUAAGUCAAGCCCAGCUUUUGGGGACCGCCGCUGCUACCAGCUGCCCCCUGGAGCACGAGGCCUGGCUCUCCGAGCGGUGGACCGGGAUGUACGGGAAGGAGCUGACAUGCUCAUGGUGAAGCCGGGAAUGCCCUACCUGGACAUCGUGCGGGAGGUAAAGGACAAGCACCCUGACCUCCCUCUCGCCGUGUACCACGUCUCUGGAGAGUUUGCCAUGCUGUGGCAUGGAGCCCAGGCCGGGGCAUUUGAUCUCAAGGCUGCCGUACUGGAGGCCAUGACUGCCUUCCGCAGAGCAGGUGCUGACAUCAUCAUCACCUACUACACACCACAGCUGCUACAGUGGCUGAAGGAGGAAUGAUGGAGACAGUGCCAGGCCCAAGAACUAGAACUUUAAAAUGUUCCCGGGGCCUCAGACAAGUGAAAACCAAAGUAAAUGCUGCUUUUAGAACUGUGCCCUCAUGCCCUCUUCCUGCUCACAUGCUAGCGGGGCCCAGCAGCCCUGGGUGGUUUUGCCAGCAUGCUAACUCUUGCAACUCGCAGCUGCAUCCUAUGAGCUCUCCCAAGCUUCCCCGCCCCUCCCCUGGGUCAGCCGUGAGGCUCACCUUUGCCACCCUCAGCUCUUUCCUCUGGUGUGGCUUCAGCUUGAAAGCAACCUGGAGUCGGGGGCACAGCCUUUGGGGCCUGGCUGGGAGAGGGUCUUGGAGCAUUAGGGGAAGAAGAGAGCAGUGGGAUCUUGGGGCCUGAGAAGCCUUGGAACGCUUCUGGCAGCAGAGCUGGGUGUGGGAAUGAGGCCUAGAUCGAUAUCCCUGGGUUAGAGUUGAAAUUUGCUGCAAUUCCACUGGAAGGCAUUUCCCACGAGGCCAGAGGUUGCCAGGCUGCCCGAGGUCUCCUAUUCUACUCUGAACCAUAAACCCAGAGAAGAAUUACUCAUUAACCAGCAUAAAUACUGCCUGAGGAUCAAAACUCAGAGGCAAAGAGGGAGUUCCUGACUGCUAGAGAUGCCGCCACCACAAACACUUUUUAUUUAGGAGAUACUUUUUGAGAAUCUCUGCUCUGUUCCUAGGUUCAGUGCUGGGUCCUGGGAAUACAGCAGGACAGACCUCAGCUUAUCUCUUCAUAGAAAUUAUACAAAGAGAAUAGGGGAGACAGCUAAGAAGAAAACAAAGAAAUAAAGCAGUUACAAAUUGUGAUAAGUGCUUCAAAGGAAAGAAGGGGUCUGAGACAAAGAACAACAGGGAAGGGGCCUCUCUUGAAACAGUAGUUGGGAAGGAGGCAGACAUGCACCAGUGAUGUGGUGACAGGUGCUGUGAAGGAGGUCACCAGGACCUGACCUCUUUGAAGGAUCAGAAAAUACUUCCCUGAAGGACUGACACUUGAGCCUAGACCUGAAGGGUGAGCCAUCAAGCUAAGACAAUUGGGGAAGAGCAUUCCAGGGAGAGGGAGGAGUUGUGCAAAGGCCCUGGGGCUCCUUCUAGCUGGAGGAAUGCAAGGCUAGCUUGUCUGGAGCACUGAGAGGAUGGCCUGAACUGAGUGGAGAGAGACAGACCAGGACCAAACCAUGCAGAGGUCAAGGGCCACAUUCACCUUUUCAGAGUGACUCAAUCAAAUCUGUAGUUUGUAAAAGUAUUUUAACAGCUCUGCGGCAAAGUGCAAAUGAAAAGUCUUGAUGGCAUGGACUGGAGCGGGGACAGUGGGGAUGGAGAAAGGGGAAUGGAUUGUGGAUGUGUUUAGAAGGUAGAUUAGAUGUGAGGGAUGAAUCUGGCUUGACCUUCUGGGUGGCUGAUGGGCCAUUUACUGAGAUGGGGCAGCCUGGAAGAGGAACAGAAGCAGGGUCGGGGUGGAGGGAGAAUACUAAACUUAGCUUGAGACAUUUUGCAAUAAGGAAGCUAUAUCUAGAGUGCUUAUGUGACUCACCUAAGGCCACUCAACAAGUUUGUGGCAGAACUGGAUUAGAACCGCACAGAAAACAGCCAAGCUGGAAUUUGAACCCAUGUAGUCCAACUCCAAGGCCUCUGCCCCUAACCACUGUGCCAUACCACCUCCCAAUAAUCAACAGCAAAAUUAUAGGUCUAACAAUGUUUUACAGACACCCCUCCAUUUAUGCGAUGGGUUUGCAUCCUGAUAAACCCAUCAUAAGUUGAAAAUAUGAUCAUAAGUCAAAAAUGUAUUUAAUAUACCUAACCUACCAAACAUCAUAGCUUAGCCUAGCCUGCCUUAAACAUGCUCAGAACACUUACAUUAGCCUACAGUGGGCAAAACUAUCCAACACAAAAUCUAUAUUGUAAUAAAGUUAUAAAGAAUUUUGAAUCAAAA